UUUGGUUUUGGACCAUAUUGCAUGGAUCCGCUUCAAACUCAGGGUCCGUUGUGCCAUUUCAAAGCUUCUAUAAAAUCCUGGUGAGAAACGAAACCCUAGGGUUUCUUAGCAGCUCUCGCUUCAAUUGCCGCUUCUUACAGGUCCACCAGCAGAGGUCCUUCAAGCCAACAACCAUGACAAAGCGAACAAAGAAGGCUGGUAUUGUUGGAAAAUAUGGUACCAGGUAUGGUGCAAGUCUGCGUAAACAGAUUAAGAAGAUGGAGGUCAGUCAGCACAGCAAAUACUUCUGUGAAUUCUGUGGGAAGUACGCUGUGAAGAGAAAGGCUGUGGGAAUUUGGGGCUGCAAAGACUGUGGUAAAGUCAAAGCAGGCGGUGCCUACACUUUGAACACCGCCAGUGCCGUGACUGUGAGGAGCACAAUAAGAAGGCUUAGAGAACAAACCGAGAGCUGAGCUACCAUUGAACCUAUCUGCUGCUGUUUUGGUUAUUUGCAUUGUUAUCUUCUUAGUAAUUGACUUUUUUGAGGAUUUUAAUUUAAUUUUUCUUACAAGUUAAAGUUCUUCCGUGUAGUGCACUUGUGUUUUGAAGCUUAGGUUAUUAAGGCUUUAACUCUAUCGUUUGCUUGGUUUUUCCUCGUCUCCAACUGUUUUCCUGUUGUGGAUGUUCUAUAUUAUAAGCUGGUAUUUGAAGAUAGACUUGGUUUGUAUGAAA